AUGGCUGCGCUGGCGAUACAUCUCAAGGCUGUUGUAGCACCGGCGCAGCCAGACCUCUUGCUCUGGUUCUCCCUGCUCGCAGCCCAGGUUGCCUCAACGCUCGACAGCGACACAGACGAGGUGUGGGGCACGGCAUUCAUCUCCUUUCUGGAGGACAUGGUCAAGUGGAUCAAAGCUCCUCCAUCGCAAUCGUCACGCCGUCAGCCAGGUGUCAUUACCCCCACCACCACCACCACCACAACAACAGCAGCAGCAGCAACAGCAGCAGCAGCAACAACGGGCAGGGCGACCACCACAACGGCCACCACCACUCCUGCGCCAACAUCAUCUCAGACAUCAGAGCCAGUGCAACAACCACGCUGCCACAACCACAACCAGCAGCAGGAACGGCAGCUGGGAAGCGACCUUGCACCGCAUGAUCCUGAUCCGUGGCAGGGCGGGGUGGAGGUGUUGGCGUGUGCGCAGCAAGCGCUGACAGGGGCCCUGGAGGCCGCAAACCAGUGGCUGGUGCAGCUGUACUGCUGAUGAGUCAGUGGUGGUGGUGGUGGUGGAGGUGUAACCAACUGGUGGUGCUGUAGUUCUUUGCAAUAAACGAUGGCGAAGUUGUGUAUUGGCUUGUCAAGUGAACAUCACAAGCAGCAUGCAGCCACAUUAAAGAACAAAAUGACAG